AUGGCUGGAAAGGGAAAGAAGGGAAAGUCGAAGGGCGGAAACAAGCCCAAGGCUGCGUCCCAGGCUCCCAAGCAGACCCCUGCCGUUGAGGCUGUGGAGAAGGAGGAGGCACCAGUUCCUGCUGCCGAGAAGCUGCGGAAGGAGGAGCCAGUUGUCGCUGAGACGAAGAAGGAGGAGCCAAUUGUCGCUGCUGAGAAGCAGAGGGAAGCGCCAAUUGUCGCCGAGAAGCAGAGGGAUGCGCCAAUUGCCGCUGAGAAGCAACAAAAGGAAGCUCCUCUACCUGCUGCCGUAGGCGCACAGAAGGAUGAUGUGUCUGCCCCCGCCGCUGAAUCGAAGCAAGCUCCCACCAUCGGAGGCGCAAGCGCUGCCGCUCUCGCUGCUGGUAUUGCGUCUACUAAGAGCGAUCUGCUAGCGAACAACAACCCCUUCAUCGCUGCACCCACAAAGGAGGCCAAUCCCUUCGACAGCCCUGCCGUCGCUGCGCCUGUUAAGGAAACCCCAGCACCAGCAACCAAGACCGAAGCAUUCAAAGACGUCCCCAUCCAAUCCAAGGAGACAGCGCCAGCUCCCAAGGUCCAGCAGCCAGAGGUCGCCGUGCCCGCGCACGCGACUCCACCUGCCAGCACAAACCCCUACACGCAGCCUCUCAAGACCAGCAACGAAGCCGUUGCCCAAGCCGAAGCCGCCGACGGAUUCGAGGCCGCUCCAUUAGCAAAGCCCACCGCCGUCGAGAACCUAGAGCGCGCCCGGGACAAAAUAUCCCAAUCCCCCGCCCCGACGCCCCUAGCCGCGCCAUCCGAGCACGUCACGGAAACAAUCCCCUACCAGCCCCCCGCGCCCGCCGCCGGUGUCCCGCAACAGACCACCACAGCCGCCCCAAGCCCCGCGCAGGAUACCACCACGACCACCGGCACUGCAGGCACCGCAGGACGUCCGACGCCGAGCCCAAGUCCGGCUGCUGCGUCGUCCAGUAAGGCAGCCCGCGGGGCGCCCGAUUCCGCGAAGCCGAAGCGCACCCCGUCGCGGAAGGAGAGCGAGGCUAAUGAGUUCUGGCCGGCUAUGUACACGUCUUCGCCCCGCCCCGCUGAGGUGGAGGGUGAGGUGGAGAGUAGGACUCAAACUCAGAAUCUGACUCGGACAACAUCUGCGCCUUCCACCCGCGCCCCUGCCCUCGCAUCACCAGCACACAUCCCAUCCCCCCUUCCCACCCACCCCACCACCGCCACAUCCCCCACCCCACCUCCUCCCCUCUGCAGCCCCUCCCCCCGCUCCCAAGGCCGCCCGACCUCCCCGCCCCCCCUCGGAAACGCCUUCCCCCUCGCCCCCCCCGCCCGAACAUCCGCCCCGCGCUCUGCAGCAGACAGCACAGACCCCGGUUAUCUCCCCGCCGAAGACACGGUGGAUGGGUUCAUCAACCCCUGGAGUCGGGCUGCGCGGCUAAACAGCGUUAAGUCACCUGCCGCUAGUACUGCUGUUAGCACCGUCAAGUCCCCCGCUACUAGCACGGCGGCUGUCAGCACGGCGCCAUCAAACCCCUUCGCCACCCCCGCCGUCCGCAGCACCAGCAAAGCCCUUCCCGCGCGCCCCAACCCACCCCGCCGAGAAACCCAUCAACACCGGCCCCAACCGGGAGAAAAACCCGUUCUUCCCCCCCUCCGCCCCGUCAUCUACUGAUGGCGAGACAUGCUCCACCCAUUCCAAGAUUCCGAGGAAGCCGGCGCCGAAGAAGGUGCCAAGGCUGGAUGGGAUGGAGGAUGUUAGGUUGGAGGAGUUGCCGGUUGGGGCGCCGGGUGGACGGGGGGUGAGGACGCCGGGGAGGUUUCCGAGUUUGGAGGUUAGGGCGCCGUGGAGGAUGAGGGUUAGGAAUUGGGCGAG